AUGCCUGAAUCACAAACAACACUUGCAAAAGACGCCUUCACAAAUACUACGGAAAUCAAAACAAUGGGCAUAGACAUAUUCGAUAAAACGCUCACAGACUCGGACUCUGACAGCAACGAGAACCACCCAAAAUCGAGCCUCAAUAAUAAUAGUCAACCUUCACCCACAUUCCAUCAGCAUAACCAAGCAACUUUGGUUCACCCUGGUGAAUUCGAAUCAGAAAAUCACUUCUAUCCUCGCGUUCUUAAUGCAACUAUCCACCCAUUGGUCGCGAGUUUCUUCCAGUUGGGGAACGAGAGAAUAAUGGCCAGAUAUGCACAUUUAAAUCCUCAAGUUAAUUUGGAUAAGUUAAGGGACUGUUUAAAAUAUGAACCAAAGAGAUUCAAAUGGGCAGGAAGCGAUCUCUUCAAUAUAACAACAGCCUCUGGUCAACGCCAAAUGAUAUUAAUAGAAACCAAUUCUUGCCCAUCCGGUCAGAAAUCAAUGCCGUUGUUAUCCGAUACCGAAGAAUAUGGCGGAUAUCGCGUUGUCUUGGAAACAGCAUUCCAAGAAGUCCUCGAAAAAGCUGAUCCGACACUUGGAGACUUGGCUGUAGUUUACGACAAGAAUAAAAUGGAGACGACGGCAUAUGCAUCUGUAUUGGCAGAACUUUCAAAGGAGAACGUGUGGUGCGUCGAGUUUAAUGAUGAAGAUGAUGAUCCACCUGUCAAGUGGGUUGAUCGGGUCAUGUAUGUGAGAGACGAGAAUAGAGGUGAGUUGAGGAGUGGGGAAUUUUGGGAGAGAGAGUAUGAUGGAGAGGGAUUGGAUAUAUCAAUUUGUCAAGCUAGUCCAAUUCUUGAAUAUUCAAAUAUUGCUAUUCAACCCUUUGUCAAUUUUCCUCUCUUUCUUCGUUGCUCAUUCCUCUUCAAUCUCCUCCACCUCCAACCAAAAACCGAUCACUCUAUUCAGUCUUCCACUCGAUCCGUGCUUGCUUCCGCUACGUAA